AUGACAAACCAACAGAAGCCAGCUACCAGGCCGGGCCAACAAGGCGACUCGGUAGCCUUCCGCAGUUCUUCUCCAGCGAGAGUGUCCCGAAAGAAUACGCCCGUCAUACUAGACGAUGCUGCCUCCGCACAGUCCGCCAGAAAGGAAGAGGAAAAUAUGGAGCGGAAACGAGACGCUGUAAGACAGGCCAUAUUUCAGGAAGCUUCGGACGAGGCUUUAAACAUCCCCCUCGGCUACCUAAAGGUUGCAGUAAAAAUCAUUCGAUGGGACGAAAGUAUAGACGAUUUCAAAGGUCACACUGAGGAGAUUGAGCGGCUUCAGCGGAUAUUCGUGGAAAGUUUUGGAUACGAGUGCUCCGUACACUCCAUCGAGGAUAGCAAACGUCCACAGCUCGACAUUAACAAAGCGAUAUUGGAUCAUGUUCAUGCACACGACGACCCAAAUAAUUUACUGAUCAUCUACUACACGGGCCACGGCUCUAGAGAUGAGGAAGGGGGAUACCUAGAGCUGUCGGCAAAAGAAGACCCCUCGCAUAUUAGAGCGUCCCGACGACACAUGGCGAAAGCAAGCUGGCGCAAAGCGGAGUUGCCAGUUUUGAACGAUAUGGAGGGCGACGCACUUGUCAUAUUGGAUUGCUGUAUGGCGAGUGUAGCAGCCCUCAAGUGCCGAAACGUAGGAUCACGGAUCUACCAAUUGCUAGCGGCCUCAGCGGAAGAGUCUUUCACAUCUGGUCCAGGACCAAAAUCUUUCACGACCGCGCUCUGCAACUCUUUGGAAGAAUUGCUGGCCGAGAAGAGAGGGCCUUUUCUGCUAACACAGCUCUGCGAAAAGAUAAACGAGAAACGAAAGAAGCAGCCAUGUCUAACAUGGGAUCGACUACGGAGCUACAAGCGAACCGUGCAACUCGGGCCUCUACACCAGCAUCAGACCCAGGAACGUAAGGCUGCUUUCCAAAAAGAUGCUCCGGAGAGAGCGUCGAUCAAUCUUCGGUUAUCGCUCAAGGUCGAAGAUCUCGAUGAGAACCAGAUCAGAUAUGUUGCACAAGAGAUACCUCGCAUCUGUCGCGAGGUCAAGGUGGACGUUCGACGUAUAUACUGGGAAGGAAUGACAACUAAAAAGCGAACUAUGAGCAGUAUCAUAGAGGCUGAUAGCGAGGACGCUUUCGAAGUUCCAAUAGAUGACCGAGGUGAAGAUGCGAUCGGGCGUCCUCGUCCGAUGCUCGACCGCUAUCUCCGCAUCACCGCGUCAACCACCGAUAGGUCUCCAGGCUGCACCUUAUCAUAUCUCUCACUACCAUCUUCGUUCUCAGCAAACAUGAAGUCAACUACGCUAUUGCUACCACUCUACACUGCAGCCUUUGCUGCUGCGGUUUCGCAUCCCAAGGACCCCCAAGUCGUCUUGCAAGAGCCGCAGCUUACUAUCGUCGAGCCGGAUGAGUAUCUUAUCGAGCUAUCACCUGGCGAGACAAGAUGGGUCACCGAAGACGAGAAGUGGGAGCUUCGCAAGCAAAACAUCAACUUCUUCGACAUUACGCACAACGAAGAGCUCGGUACGCUCAACCGCCAGUUCAAGACUGAGAGCGUAAAGUUCCCCGAAAAGCCCAUUUACAAUGAAACCAUCGCUCCACUACUCAAGAAGCUGGAAAAGAACAACAUGCGCGAGCAUCUCGAGACCUUUACCUCAUUCCACACCCGAUACUACAAGUCGAAAUACGGUGUGGAGAGCUCGGCAUGGCUUCUUGGGCAGGUCAACAAGACUCUUGCCGAUGCAGGCGCUGUCAAGGCCUCCGUGAAGGCGUUUCCCCACCCCUGGGGCCAAUCCUCCAUCAUUGCCACAAUCCCUGGCAAGAGUGAUAAGACGAUUGUCAUUGGCGCCCAUCAAGACAGCAUAAACCUCUUCUUCCCAUCUCUCUUGGCUGCCCCAGGAGCCGACGACGACGGCAGCGGUACCGUUACCAUCCUCGAAGCAUUACGCGUACUGCUCAAGUCGGAGGAGAUCCUCAAGGGCGAGGCAGACAACACAAUUGAGUUUCACUGGUAUUCUGCCGAAGAAGGAGGUCUCUUAGGAUCACAGGCUGUCUUCCAGUCUUACGAGAAGGAGGCUCGCAAAGUCAAGGCUAUGCUUCAGCAGGACAUGACUGGUUACGUUCAGAAGACGCUCGAUGCAGGCGAGCCAGAGUCUGUUGGUGUCAUUACCGACUUUGUUGAUCCUGGCCUCACCGAGUUCAUCAAGCAGAUCAUCACUGUCUACUGCGGCAUUCCGUAUGUCCUGACCAAAUGUGGUUACGCCUGUUCCGAUCAUGCCAGCGCAUCCAAGGCCGGCUACCCGUCAGCUUUCGUCAUUGAGUCAGACUUCAAGUACAGCGACAACAAGAUUCACACAACCGAGGACAAGAUUGAGUUUCUAAGCUUUGACCACAUGCUUCAGCAUGCGCGGAUGACGCUUGCUCUGGCAUACGAACUUGCUUUUGCAAAGUUUGAGUAG